CCUAGUUUGUGCGUCACUAGUCCAUUGCCCCCGUUUUCUAUCUCAAACUCUCUUCUUCCUUCUCCUUUAUAUAUUUCUCUUCCUUUUAUUAUAAGUGCGGUGAGAGAGAGAGCGAUAACACUCCUACCUUAACAGGUGGGAGAAGAAAGAAAAGGGACCAAAGCAGAGGGUGUUUGAUAUUUUGACGGUCCAGGGUCGAAUCCUCUGCCACAACACCAUCAAUGGCCGUGACCACUCCCUAUCUCAAUGCAACAGAAAAAAAGCACUGGUGGCUCACCAACCGCAAGGUUGUUGAGAAAUACAUCAGAGACGCUCGCACUCUGAUGGCCACGCAGGAACAGAGCGAGAUCGCUUCGGCGCUCAACCUUCUCGACGCGGCUCUGGCGAUCUAUCCGCGGCUCGACGAAGCGCUCGAGCUGCGAGCGAGGUGUCUGCUCUGUCUGCGGAGGUUCAAAGAGGUAGCGGAUAUGCUUCAAGACUACAUCCCGAGCCUGAAAAUGGCGAACGAUGAGUCGGUUUCUUCGGAUAGUUCUUCACAACAACUUUCUAGGGAGGGCGCGAAGCUCCUCUCCUCUGAUACCUCGGGCUCGGAUCAGAGCUUCAAGUGCUUCUCUGUCUCUGACUUGAAGAAGAAGGUUAUGGCAGGGCUGUGUAAAAGUUGCGACAAGGAAGGGUAUUGGAGAUACUUGGUUCUGGGGAAAGCAUGCUGCCACCUAGGCCUAAUGGAAGACGCGAUGGUUCUUCUCCAAACGGGGAAACGCCUCGCCUCCGCCGCGUUCCGCCGCGAGAGCGUGUGCUGGUCCGACGAUAGCUUCUCCCUCUCGAACCCCCUCUUCUCCGGCGACUCAAGCCCACCCCGGGUCCCACUUCCGGAGUCUGAAGCAGUGACCCAACUCCUCGCCCACAUAAAGCUCCUCCUCCGGCGCCGUGCCGCCGCGCUCGCUGCCCUGGAAGCCGGCCUCCACUCCGAAGCCAUACGCCACUUCUCCAAAAUCGUGGACGGGCGACGCGGUGCCCCGCAGGCCUUCCUCGCCGAGUGCUACAUGCACAGGGCCUCCGCUCACCGGUCCGCCGGCCGAAUCGCCGAUUCUAUUGCCGAUUGCAACAGAACCCUCGCCUUGGACCCCACCUGCAUCCAAGCUCUGGAAACUCGAGCCUCUCUUCUGGAAUCCAUUCGUUGCUUCCCAGAUUCACUCCAUGACCUCGAACAUCUCAAACUCCUCUACAACACCAUCUUGCGCGACCGCAAACUCGCAGGUCCUGCCUGGAAGCGCCAAAACGUUCGCGCCAGAGAAAUUCCUGGGAAACUCUGCGCCCUCACCACGAAGAUCCAGGAACUGAAACAGAGGGUAGCUUCGGGAGAUACCUCCAACGUGGACUACCAUGGUCUCAUUGGCUUGCGGCGCGGCUGUGGUCGUUCGGAGUUACAGAGAGCGCAUUUGCUUCUGUCUCUGAAACACAAGCCCGACAAGGCAAUGUGCUUCAUCGAGCGGUGCGAGCUGGCGGACGAACGGGACCUCGAUUCUGUUAAGGAGAGGGCGAGAAUGUCGUCGCUCUUGCUCUACCGGCUGCUCCAGAAGGGUUACACCAACGUGAUGGGUGCCAUAAUGGACGAGGAGGCUGCUGAGAAGCAAAGGAAGAAAAAGGUUAUGGAAGCUCAGGCCAAAGUCGAGAAAUUGGAAAACAAAAAGUGCACUGUUUCGUCUCCUUCCACCGCCAAUCCCGCGGUUUUUCAGGGAGUCUUUUGCCGCGAUCUUGCGGUGGUUGGAAACUUGCUCUCGCAAACGGGAUUCAACCGUUCCAUUCCGGUCAAGUACGAGGCGUUGAGCUGCUGAUUGAAGAAAAAAAAAAUCCAAGAAUCUCUGCUUCGUCGCUUCUUGUACAGAUGGAUAAGUUGGAAAAUUUUGUCACAUUUUUCUGUUUUAUUCUAUAUUAUUACUUUUAUGUUUCAUUUAUUAGUUGUACAAAGUACUAUUAAUUUGGAAGUCUAGUGCUGCCGCAAAACUAAAUCAUUUAAAA